CACUGGAAGGUGAUCUCUGGCUUGUCCUGAUGCCCAGAGAAGCUAGUUCGCCUGCUUCACCUUCUGCUUUUACCGCCGGCUUUUUGAAAACUUUCUCCUACAGAGACACAGCUGACGGUAAAGAUUUCCUGUCUGCCUUCAUGCCAGCGAUGCAAAUUUAAGAAAGCGAAAGCACCGAAUAAGCUAUAAAGAGUGAAGCGGAAGUUUUAUUAACCGAGGAAUCGCCCAGAGUUGGGUAGUAAAUGAAAUGAGAUGUCACAAAUGAUGGAAAAGUCUACCGAGAACCCCAGUGAGGACAGAGCGUCCUUCAAGAGCAACGGGUCCAUCAAGAGCGAUGAGAAGUUGUCGACCGAUGGCGGCACAAAGUUGGGCAGGCUGCGAUCGUUUAGAAAGAGCAUCCAGCAUGCAACACAGAAGAGUCCUCUGUCAUCUGUCAAGGGAUCAAAGGUCACGUCCAAAUCAGAUACACCUACAAAUGAGUCAGAUUCUGCGGCUUCACCACCACCUCCGUCACCCAGUCUGAGCGCCGGCUCUCCGGCCACCCCUCUGAAGAACAACCAGAAAAAAGAAGAUGAUGAGGCAGAUGCUUCUUUUCGUAUUUCCAAACCACUGACACGAUCAAAGACAGAUCCUGGCAUUUCCAAAUUCAGUAAUUCUUUUAUGAAAAGAGGAGCAUCCAUUCGUCGGAGUCUGAAAAUGGUUACUAAGAAGGAUACUGAUAAAGUCUCCACUAAGGUCAUCUCUGAGGCCUCAGUGGAGGAAGACAUGGAAAAGAAAGAGGAGGAGGAGGUUCUUAGAGAAGAGAUCGAAGAUUGCUACGUACUGCCAAGUAUCCCCCUCACACCACUGUCAGUGAUGGAGAUCAACAAACUGAUAGAGACGGGGGAGCUGGAGGAGGCUCACCUGAACCUGCUCGCCCUGCGGCAGGAGUUUCAGCAGCAGCCACAGUCGUGCUCCGAUGGCUCAGCUAUGGAGCUGGCCACGAGGGAAAAAGAUCUCAACCUCCUCUAUGGAACAAUGAGGGAAAAGGUCAGCAACAUAGUGUGCGACUCCAACCCUCUCUCUGACAAAAACAAGAAGCUGCUGCUCCAAAUGGCCCGCGUCAUCCAGGAGGAAGAGAAGAGAGCAAGAGAACCAGGAGGCCUGAAAGACAGCUGGAUGGACGCUUGGAGGGAAUCGGUUAGUGUGGGUGUGCAGGUGAAGGUGCAGAGUGUUCACUUGGACAGAGUAGAGCAGAACUCCGCCUGGUUAGCUGUUCACUUGGGUCUGUUGGGUAAAGUCAUUGUGGAGGACUUGGAGAAUGUGAAGCAGGAACUGCGGUGGUCCUACCCACCCAGUUUUAAAGUCUUCAGCACCUAUGUGAGAGGUUAUAACAGAGUCGUUGCACAGCACCUGAAGAAGCUGGAGCAGCAGGUGACGGAGCUGAAGGAUUUCUAUGGUCUGCUGGACUGGAUCAUCAACAAGUACAAGAGUGAGAGGAUCAUGGGAAGUCUGUCUCUGCAGCCAGACAUCCAAGAUGAAAGCACUGAUCUGCAGCUUGAGGAGAACUUCCUGAAACAAGUGAAAGAGAAGUACUGCAGGAGAAUGCAGGAGGAACUGAGGAUGAUACAGGGCAGAGUCAUUGAACUUGAAAAUGAAGAGGUGUGGAAGGAUGGCAAGGCUCCUAAAAAGGAGGACAACUUCCCCAUUUCUUCAUUUCCCAUUGACAUCCUAACGAGCGUGAAAUCGUUUGUUUUAAACUCCAUCAAACUUGAUGCUCAGCUGGAAAAGAAAGUGGUUUCUUCCUGCCUCGAGGAGUUGAAACAGUUCCCAAAUGGGUUUGAAAAAGCGUUCAGCCAGCAUUGCACCUCUCACCAGCCUUUGUGGACAGAGUAUCGCAUUACAUACAUUAACAGCUUUGCUUCUUUAAAGAAACACAUGGAGGAGUACAAAGAAACCUGUGAAGAUGGGGUGAACGGCUUUCAAAAAGCGGUAGAUAGUUUGAUUGACAAGCUUAUGCGAGACCUGGAGGAUCAGUUUAAAGAAGAUGUCGAGAAGUCGAAUAAUGAGUGGCUCUACCAUGUAGGAGACGACUUGAGCAACAUCAUUGGACAGAAAAACACAUCAGACAUCAAGAACCAUCUGCAGCCUGUGAUAGAGAAUUACCCAGACUUCAGUAAGAAGCACCUGGUUGCUGUUCUGUACUUCAGGGGGCUCAUUAGGGGCCACGAACACCAGCUGAUCCUCCGGCGACUCACAGCACUGAAGAGGGACGUGAACAUUGGCAGCAGUGACAGAAACCAAGUGUUAUUUAGUAAUAUGCAGGUUACGGUCAACACAAACUGCCUGUCCAACUUCCCUUACUCCUGCUUCAGCUUUCUGAUGCCAGACAACUAGGAAAACACUG